ACUUGUCGAUCGUCUCAGAGCAAAUACGGAGUCGCACUUGUCGCAUGUGUCUACGCUUCAUUAAGUGUAAAUAAAUCCAAAAGUGUCGUUUGGUGAUUAAUUUGUGAUUUGUAAACAAGAAGCAUUCGAAAUCAAUAGCAAAAUUCAAUUGUGUUAAAAUUAAAAUAGAAAUAAUAAUUUAAGAAAUAUAUUUAAAUUGUGCCCGGAAGAAAUUGUAGACGUGAUUUUCUUGAAACUUGUGAUUUCGGAUUUUGGUGCGAAUAGAAACUCUUCCUCGAACGCUAAACUAAACAGAUCUAAAACUAAUGAGUAAAUAAGAACGGCGGAGAGUGUUCAGCAGCUGCAGCCGGUCUCUAAAAACCGUACAGAGCAAAAACAUUAGUGCAAACACAAAGAUCUUAGCUAUAUAAACGUUAAAGGAAAUAUAUAUUAAAAACAAAGUAAAAAAAAAAUAAAAAUAAAAUAAGAUAAAAAUAAAAUUCAAAAACAAAGCAAAAGCAAAAAUCUCCACUCCACUUCGAAUCAUUUUGGAGCAUUUCAGAAAAUAAACGGAGCGAUCAUGGCAGUGAUCCACAGCCGUGUUAGCUGCUUCAUUGCGCUAUUCGCUUUAGCAACAGUUUGCUUUGCUGGCACUAUACCAAAUCGCCCUGCCUUUCCUGUGACUACAGGUCAGAUUCAACCACAAAGCGGUAAUAAGCAACCAGCUCGAAGAGUAAUGCAUCCCGCAUUCGCUAACGCCGGUCGUGCACCUGGUUUGGAAAUUUGGAGAAUUGAGAAUUUCGAGCCAGUUGUGUAUCCAAAAAAUAACUAUGGAAAAUUUUUUACCGGAGACUCGUUCAUUGUUUUAAAUACUUUACAAAAUAAGGAUAAAAAACUGUCUUGGGAUGUACACUUUUGGUUGGGCUCAGAAACUUCUGUGGAUGAGGCUGGCGCUGCCGCUAUUUUAACAGUACAAUUGGAUGACCUACUUAAUGGUGGACCAGUACAGCAUCGUGAAGUUCAGGAUCAUGAAUCACAAUUGUUUCUAAGUUAUUUCAAAAAUGGUAUACGUUAUGAGCAAGGUGGUGUUGGCACUGGUUUCAAGCACGUUCAAACCAAUGCCCAGGGCGAGAAACGUCUCUUCCAGGUGAAAGGCAAACGUAAUGUACGUGUACGUCAGGUGAACCUGUCCGUGUCAUCGAUGAACAAGGGCGAUUGCUUUAUACUUGAUGCUGGUAAUGAGAUUUACGUUUAUGUUGGCGCACAAGCGAAACGUGUGGAGAAAUUGAAAGCCAUUAGCGCAGCAAAUCAAAUUAGAGAUCAGGAUCACAAUGGACGUGCAAGGGUUAACAUUAUCGAUGAAUUCAGCACAGAAAUUGAUAAAGAAAAUUUCUUCACAGUACUUGGUUCUGGUUCACCGCGCGAAGUACCAGAAGAGUCUACCGCAGAAGAAGAUGGUGCAUUUGAAACUGCUGAUGCAAAUGCUGUUACCUUAUACAAGGUCACAGAUGCAACUGGUACUCUGAAAAUUGAACCAAUUUCCACAAAACCUUUGCGUCAAGAAAUGUUGGAUACACGCGAUUGUUUCAUACUGGACACUGGUUCAGGUAUUUAUGUUUGGGUUGGCCGCGGUGCUACACAAAAGGAGAAAACCGAUGCGAUGACAAAAGCACAAGAAUUCUUGCGUACUAAGAAAUAUCCUGCUUGGACGCAAAUACAUCGUAUUGUAGAAGGUGCAGAAUCUGCACCUUUCAAACAAUAUUUCGCUACUUGGCGCGAUGUUGGUAUGUCACAUACACGUUUGGUGCGUUCAGCUCUUGGCUAUGACACCGAUGAUUCUGAAUUGGAUGUUGAUGAUGUUGAUGCAAUUGUUAAUAACUUAAAGAAGAGUGGAGGCAGAGCUAUGGGUUUCAUGCCGGACAAUGGACAAAAUGAUAUUGAAGAGAUUAUUCGUAUUAAGAGCGUGCGUGGCAGUAAUGAAAUUGUUCGUCGUAUAGUACAUUAUAAUGACAAACUAAAGCUUUAUGGCUAUAGCUCCUAUAUUGUACCAUAUAAAUACACAUCCAAGAGUGGAGAGACUGGUGUUAUUAUUUAUGUUUGGGAAGGCUUAAAAGCGAGUGAGGGCAUAAAACAACGCGCCUUUGAAGAGGCCAUGGCUAUGGCUUUAGAUCAAAAUGCCAUACUUGUGCGUACUGCACAAAAUUAUGAACCAAGGCAUUUCCUGAAGAUAUUCAAGGGCAAAUUGAUAACUCCAUUGCAUAGUAAACCAACACAACCAGAAUUGUUCCGUAUACGUGGUACUGAUGAAACUGACGUACAUGCCAGUGAAGUAAAACGAGAUUCUUCAUCUUUGGCUACUAGUGAUGUGUUCGCGUUAGUAACUGAAGAAGGCACCAAAAUAUUCAUAUGGGUUGGAUUGGCUGGUUCAGAUUUUGAGAAGAAUAUGGCAAUUGAACGAUUCCAAUACUUCUGGCCGGAUGCUGAAUUGGAUGUGAUUGAUGAAGGUGCUGAACCAGAUGACUUCUGGGAUGAUUUGAAUGGUGAAGGAAUAUAUGAUCGUAGUAUUGACGAAGGUGGUGCACCAUUAUUGGAACCACGUCUAUUCCAUUGUCGAUUGGUGCAUGGUGAUCGCAUUAAAGUCGAAGAAGUUGGCAAUUUCGAACAGGAAGAUCUUGAUGUUGAUGAUAUUAUGCUUUUGGAUGGUGGUGAUGAAAUAUAUAUUUGGGUUGGUACUGGUGCUACUACUGAUGAGAAUGGUAAAAUUCUUGAUAUGGCUAAGAAAUACGUUGAUAUGGAACCAACAGCUCGUUCAAUUGAUACAGUUAGUAUUAUACGUAUUACGCAAGGCCAGGAACCUCGUGUAUUCAAGCGUAUGUUCCCUAGCUGGGAUGAUGGCUACUGGCAGACUGUGCCUUCGUAUGAGGACAUCAAGAAGCAAGUAUUCGAGGAUAAUGAACGCAUUGAGGGCAAUGAUGUUUGAGGUGCAGUUGAAUCCAAUGAAAAAAAAACAAAACAUGCUAUAUAAACCAAAUUUUUAUAAACAAUACUUUUUUAAUCACUUACAAGUACUCUCUUCAACGAGUAUACACGUAAAUUAAGUAAACAUUUUAGAUAUAUUAUUUUUAAUUUU